GGCUGAUUAGGAAAGAAACAGAAAAAGAUGGCAGCCUUCAACAAUGUCUUAUUUUUCUGUAAAUAGUUCGUUAACGGAGUGCAGAUCUCCAGGAAUCGCGAUGUGCAGUUGGUGAUUAUGUGAUCUAUACGUUCUUCUCUAUAAGGAAGAAAUAAGAAAAAGAAUUAUCCCUUCACAUGGCUUCCGCAAAAGAAGUCCGAGCUACAACGCAUGUGAGUUUCGUAUGCCAAAGAUGCUACCAACCCUUGAAGCUGGAUCAUUCUUUGUUGUCUUUGGAUGGAGAAACGAUUGCAGAACUCACAGCACCCUUCCCAGAGUUUGCAGCUCAGACAGAUAGAGGGGAAGAUGCAAGUAGAAAGCAUGAUUCUACUUCACAUCAGACUCCUAGUAACACAGAGGAAGAUGACAUGGUCAUAAGGAGAAUUAUUCCCCCAGCGAGACUACAAUCUCUAGAGGGUGGCUUUACAGUUAUUGGAGAUUCACAGCCAGUCAAUUCAGAAAACCUCAGCCAUAGGCUUAAAGUCACCACUCAGCUGUUUUAUGUGAUGUCUGGACAGUCAAGCAUUGACCAUCCAUUAUGUGAAGAGUGUACGGACACCCUACUAGAUCAGUUAGACCAGCAGCUUAAGAUCACAGACGAUGAACUCAAAGACUACAAAGUGUUCUUCAACAAGCUUAAUGACAAACCUUCGCUAGAUGGUGAUGCCAUGUCCAAAGAACUAGAAGAGCUUAGAAGGGAAGAGGAGGAAUUGAUUAGAAAAUUGGAAGAAAUUGAAAUGGAAAGAGGCAAGGUAGCCGAAAAAAUGGAAUCAGAAAAGGAAAGGUCCAAACUACUUGAGAUUGAAGAAAAGAAGUACUGGAUGGAGUUCAGUGAAUAUCAGAAGGAAUUGUUAGAAUAUGAAGAUGAGCAACAAAGUGUUGAUAAUCAAAUGAGAUAUGCUCAAGCCCAGUUGGACAAACUAAAGAAAACAAAUGUAUUCAACAGCACUUUUCACAUCUGGUGAGUAGAAACCAUUACAUAUUGAAGCUACAUUGCCACCAGCUUCAGUGGCAAUUGUACAAAGCCCAGUAUUAGUGUGACCUGCAGUAUCAUCCCAACGGAACGCACCCUAUAUGUGCGUAUUAUCUUAUCUUUAUCGGGUCCUCUUUUCCUGUCUUGUUUUAGGUAUCGUUUGGUGCCUUAUGGAAAUCAUUCUUAUCUAGAAUCACUUACAGACAAGUCAAAGGAUCUUCCAUUGUAUGGUUCUGGAGGGUUUAGAUUCUUUUGGGACACAAAAUUUGAUCAAGCGAUGGUUGGAUUUUUGGAUUGCUUACAGCAGUUUAAAGAAGCAGUAGAGAAAGUGGACAAAAGAUUUUGCCUUCCAUACAGGUAAGAGCUUGUGAAAGAAACAGAGUAGAAUGGAAUAGAUAAGAGUAAAAUAGAAACUAUUUUGAAGGCGUAUCGUGUCGCCUCCGUGAAAAGUUGACACUAAUAAUUUUUGGCUGUUGGUUGAUUUUCCCACAAUUUUUUUCUUAAUCUUACUUUUUAUGUUGGAGUAAGGUUGUAUCCGAUCUGAAAAAGUUUGCAUGUGGUCUGUGGAGAAAUAUUGUGGUUUAAACAAGAAUUUGAUGUGGGUUUUAUUUCGACUAUUGUAGGUUUGGUUUCGAGCGUGACACGUUUUUCUACAGUCACACACUACCUGGAUUGCGUGACAAAUUGGUAAUAGUCAUUCGUGACGUCACGGAGACGUCACUAAAUAUUUGUUUCAAAGUUUCACUACUUGUCUACAAACUCACCUAAUUGGUAAUGUGCAUUCGUGACGUUGCCAUGACGUCAGUAAUUAUUGAUUAAAUUAGCCUAAUGACUUGUUUACGAACUCGCGUUAAUUAGUUAAUUGGCAAUUAUGUCUAUGACGUGUACCCCACGAAUUAAGUCAUUUGCCACUUGCCACCGAACUGUCCAGACGUACUUUUUUUAGCUCCGUCGAAAAAUUCACC